GGACAAAGUAAAAACCAUUUGUGGAAAACUACCUCGCCAUACAUCAUAACCAGUCACGUGGAAAACCAAGAAAAGGUAUAAAGGGAGGCGUUUCGACAUCCUUGCAUCCCGCACUUCUCCCGCAACUGUGUCCGAUCUGAUCUGUAGUGAAAUUCUAUUUGACCAGCAGACAUGAAGUUCGCCGUAUUUCUCCUUGUCUUGGCAUGUGUUUGCGCUGUCGCCCUAAGCGCUCCUCGUAAAAGGAGGUGCAGACGCAAAGGGGAGAACGGCAACGGCAAUGGCAAUGGCAACGGUGAGAACGGCAAUGGCAAUGGCAACGGUGAGAACGGCAACGGCAUUGGCAACGGUGAGAACGGCAACGGCAACGGCAAUGGCACCGGUGAGAACGGCAAUGGAGAAUGUAACGAAGGGAACAAUGGUGGCAAAGCUGAUGACCCGAACGGUAACGGCAAUGGCAACGACAACGGUAAAGACAACGGUAACGGCAAUGGCAAUGGCGACUCGUAACGGCAACGUUAACUGAGGUCGAACAAAUGCUCUUCCAGCGCAUCUUUCUAAAUGUGAAGCAGUUUCCCAUCGAACGUAAUCAAGAAUGAAUGUCCUGCAAUCUUGAAUAAAUACUUUUCCCUAUCUUUCAA